AUGGACCCUUGCCUUUUGGGUGAUCCAUUUGUGGUUUCAGGGUGGGUGAAAACAGAGUUUGGUGCUGUGGAAUCGAAGCCUCCCUACCAAAAACUGGCUGGGAUCAUGGUGCUGUUUGUCUACUAUAAUGGAGUCACUGUCCAUUUGGAGGAGAGGUUGUUAGUUUAUAGAACCAGCAACAACAACCUGACUGAACAGAGAGACGAGCUACAGGUCCAAAACAAAAACCUGGAGAAAGAAAAGGCCGGUCUAAAGAGAAGGUACAAUAUGCUGAAUCAAACCUGCCUUGAAGCAUGGAAGAAGUUUGGUUCCAGUUUGUACUACAUCUCUGACUGGACUGAAUCCUGUGAGAGCAGACAGGACUGUGUAAAGAGAGGAGCAGACCUGGUGAUCAUAAACAACAGAGCAGAACAGGAAUUAAUCUGUACAUUUAAAAGGUUGUUCUGGAUUGGUCUGACUGACAGAGAGACAAAGGGGACUUGGAAAUGGGUGGACGGGACACUAAUGACCACAGGGUUCUGGUCUCCUGGUGAGCCAAAUGGUGUCUCUAUCGACUCUACUGAGGACUGUGCUGAGGUUAACACCAUCAAUGAAAACUGGAAUGAUCUCAGGUGUAGUGAACAGCGGCGCUGGAUUUGCGAGAAAUUGGCUGAUCAGUAGUUCAACUUGGUACAAGCUUCAGAUAAACACGCACAAACACACAUACAUAUCACACACCACCUGUAAGACUGAAACAUUUCCCAUGACAGCAUAAUCUCACUGAGCAAACAGUACCAACUGUUCUUGUCCAGACUAAACAUCAAUUCUAUUUGUGUUCACAUUGUACCAAACAUAUUAACCGUAUGUUUAUUUUUGUCAUAUCUGUAAUGUUUUUCCUGUAAUAUACCAAGACAAAUUCCUAAUGUAUAAUAGAGCAUUACAUUAUUUUAUUUCAUUUAAAUACAUUCUAGUGACAAUCUAAAAAAUAAUAAAAAUAAGCCUUUCAUCAAUUUUUAUGCAAUCAAAUACAUUCUGAAAAUGUACAAAUGAUGAAUGACAUUCUGCUGUAUUUGUAACACCAUCUAUACUGUACAGCAUCUAUAUGUAUUU